CGCACUCCCAAUCCAUCCAGAAAUAAGAAAAAGUCUCCACAAUGACCAUCUCCCACACCAGCACCACCCCCAACGACAAUCAGACCCACCACAGCCAUGCCGGCUCUUCCUCCGCACGAACCUUCCUCCUCCCUCAACGGGGUCAUCUCCUCAGCCUGAUGAGCAUCCUGCGUGACGCCAGUACCACCAGAGCUACCUUCUCGAGCACCACCGAGCGGAUCGCCGAUCAGCUAAUCAGCGCAGCGCUUGAUCUCCUACCUGUGGAGGAACUCGCCGUGACGAGCCCGACGGGAUCGACAUACUACGGUGCUCGCCAGACCCAGCCGCUUACCUCUGUGAGCAUUCUCCGUGCGGGGGCUAGUCUCGAUAAUGCCGUGCGCAGGGCCUAUACCGGCCCCCUAACCUUCGGCACAAUCCUCAUCCAGCGCGAUGAGACGACCACCCUCCCCGCCCUCCUAUACUCCAAACUCCCCCCGCAGAUCCCCUCAAACGCCGUUCUAAUCCUCGAGCCAAUGCUCGCAACAGGCGGAUCCGCCUGCUGCGCAAUCGACGUCCUGAAGGACGCUGGCGUCCCCGAAGAGAACAUCAUCUUCGUGAAUAUCCUCUCCGCUCGCUACGGCUUAGACAGGUUGCUUUCAACUUAUCCGGGUCUGCGAGUGGUCACAGCUGCUAUUGAUGAGGCGCUUACUGCGAGGAAGGAGAUUGAUCCUGGACUGGGAGACUUUGGGGAUCGGUUUUAUGGGACGGGGAGCAAGUUUUGAGACUUCGAAGCUUCCUGUGGUUCUUUAUGAAUUAGUAUUCUGUUUUGUUUCAAUGGUACUGUGAGGUCAAGGCUUUGCGGACAGGGUUUGAAUAGGGAUGUCUAUGGCUCUGGAAUGCACAUUUUGACGACACUUGGUAUAUAGUUUGCAUGUAUAUGGUUUUGUGCAU